AUGUCAACGCUCAUUCCAGAACCCGAUGGGCUCGCUAUAGACGGCAGAGAUCCAACUGUAAUACGGUCUUUUCUCAGAUUCCUAACCUCCCUUUUCGUUGCCAUCAUUUUCUGGCUCAUCGGCGUAGCUGUUUACCGCCUAUACUUCCAUCCAUUAGCCAGGUAUCCAGGGCCAUGGUACAUGAAAAUCAGUGGGUGGUACGACUUCUUCAUCGCCUACGGGGAGCAUAGGCACUUACAUUUCCAAUACCUCCACCAAAAGUAUGGACCGGUGGUUCGCUAUGGACCCAAUGAGCUUGCAUACAACACACCUAGCGCUUUCCAAGCAAUCUAUGGGUUCAAGGCAAAUGUCCAAAAGGGUCACGCCGUCACGGUUGGAGUCACAAGCGACCCAGACAGUAGAAGCACUUUCAGCGAGACAGACAAACAACGUGCCAUGAAGAAGCGUAGGGUUCUGUCUCAGGGCUUCUCGGAGUCAGCGUUGAGCUCCGCGGAGUCUUUUAUGAUCAGUCAAAUCGAGACACUUUGUAAGCAAUUGGCCAACACAUCGACGGAAAAAGUCAAAGACUUGUCACUAUGGCUAAAUUACCUCGCGUACGACAUUAUGGGAGAGGUGGUUUUCGGAAGGAGUUUUGAUAUGUUGACCGAUCCUUCACUGCGCUAUGUGUUGUCUCUCAUCGACGCGUCUGUUUUCUGCACUCUUUUGGCAAGGGUUAUGCCGCUACUUUAUAAAACCGGGUUGAUUGCCUUCUUUGUUCCCAAGGUCCUCACAAUGAGGAAGCAAUUCAUCAAGUACGUCAAUUCUACAGUGGAGCAGAGGUUGCAACAGGUACCCGCAUCGGACAAGGAAGACAGGAAAGAUUUCUUCUACUAUCUACUCAAUACGCGAGACUCUGAGACGGGUAAGCCGUUAUCGAGAACGGCAUUGCUUACAGAAGGACUACUGCUGGUGACGGGUGGAAGUGAUACAACAUCCACUGGUAUGGCUGCGACCAUCUUCUACCUCCUCAAAUAUCCUAGAUGCCUAGAACGGCUAUACGAAGAGCUAUCCCGUACGUUCGACCACGUUGACGAGAUCCGAACUGGGAGGAAACUCAAAACCUGUCUCUACCUGAGAGCCUGCGUCCAAGAAGCUCUGCGGAUGGCACCACCCGGGCCUGGUAUCCUGCCGAGGAUAGUCCUAGAGGGCGGUCAACUCAUCGACGGAGCCGUGAUUCCUGCCGGGACCCAAGUUGGCGGUGCCUUCUGGGCACUGGCUUACAAUGCAGACACAUACCCGGAACCUGAGGUCUUCCGUCCGGAACGGUAUCUGAUGGAAGACGGUCGAACUGAGGAGGAAGUCGACAAGUCAAAGGGAGGCUACUGGGCCUUCUCCACAGGUCCACGGAAGUGCCCCGGAAUGAAGAUGGCGUAUCAAGAGCUGUAUUUGACCGUCGCCCGGCUAGUCUAUCUAUUUGAGAUGACCCCCGAGAAACCCGAGGAACUCGAAGAGAAUUUCAAGCUCCUGGAUCAUUUUAAUGUCAAGAAGAAGGGACCCUUUGUGUCGUUCAACUUGCGAGAAGGACAGACGGUGUAA